CUAGAAGAGAGACCAAUGGCGAGUCGUGACGUGACCCAUCCAACCUGCGCUGCUGCUGCUGCCAAAUCCUAUAAAACCCCCAGAAUAUAUCCGCAAUCCUUUCUUCGCGAAUUGUUUUUUUGUUCGCUUGCCCCUGCCCCCCUCCGCAGCCGCCGGAAUUCGCCGGGGGCAACGCAAGCAACUCGCGGAAGAGAGGAACCGCCAAUCCGACCACGAUCAAUCUCGCCGCCGCCGCCGCCGCCGCCGUCUUCAUCCUGCAGCCUGAUUUUUUUCCUGGAUUGCUUCGGGGUGUUAAUCCGGGCGGAGGCGCACGCCGUCGCAGAGGCCUAAUCUAAGACCUAGGCCUCUGGAAGACGAGGGGUUUAAUCCUAGCGGAGGGUUUCUUCUACCGCGCCGCCGCCGCCGCAAUUUGCUGCGCCUCAGCAUCGGCGGCCUCGCCGGCUGCCGGCGACCGGCGGGACGCGGCGAGCCGGGCCUCAUUCCGCCGGUGCCUCUCUCGUCGGGAGGAGGCGCGGUGCCCCCCUUCCCCGCCCUCUUCUGGGUUCGAUUAGGUUCGUCUUCUCCAGCGCGCAGGAGCAAUCUACCCGAGCCGUGGGCAGGUGCAGUUUUUCUUUUCACCAUCAACUUUGAGGGUUCAACUGAACCCCCAUGCUCUACGUCAGGUCUGCCCCUGGCCCGGCCUCGCAACCGUGGCCGGUGGGUGGACGGUGAAUGGUGCCUUCAGCCAUGGAGCAGGACAGUCACUCUUUGAAGCCACAAUGGCUGAUGCCGGGCGUGGUCAGGGCAGCUGGUGCCGCGAACCUCUGGGCUUCACCCUCGCCCCGUGCAGAUUAUCAAGGUAAUGGUAGUUCAUCAAGAAACCAUUCAUCUGGUAAUGACCGUGGCCAUAGUUUCCGGCAGUCUUCAUCACAGAGGAGUUCAAGCUCCAAUGGAUCUCGACGGCCUGACUGGGAUGGAAUGGGGAAGCCAAAGGGCUAUGCCAAUUUCGGUAGGAACAGGGAAAGAGACCGGGAGAAGGGCUUUGGUUCCCGUGAUAGGGAGGGUAAGUCAGUUGCUGCAGAUCGUGAUGGUUUCGAGUCAUUUAGCACAUGCAGAUCUGAGAGGGAUAGGUUUAAUCGUGCCCGCUCGAAGGCAAACACAUGGAAUAAAGGAGUAGUUAGCCUGAAUAAUGGUACUACCUCUAGAAGCAAUGCUGGUGUUAGUUCCUCUAGAAGCAAUGGUGUUGUUAGUAUCUCUGAAAGCAACACUAUUGUUAGUACCUCUGUUAUUAGUUCCUCCGCUAGCAAUGCUUCUGUCAGUACCUCCGCUAGCAAUGUUGUUGUUAGUACCUCUAGAAGCAACAUUGUUGGCAUAGCCUUUGAGCGAGAAUUUCCACAGCUCAGUUUGGAGGACAAGAAUGGAAGGCAAGGGAUAAGCGAAGUCCCAUCUCCUGGUAUCAGCACUCCAAUUCAGAAUGUACCUCUGAUAAAUGCAUCUGAUGGCUGGAACUCUGUGCUAGCAGAUAUUCCUUUGUUAUUAAAUGAUACAAAGAAAAACCCAGCUGUGUAUUCUGUACUACAAACCGCUCCUAGUAAACAGACUGAAGCAGUGCCACACAGUGGGACUGCAUUAAGCAUGGCAGAGACAGUGAUGCAAGCUCCUCUGAAAAUAUCCAUUGGACCUCAGCCAUCAAUUGAGGCUCAGAAGAUUGAAGAAAGAACCUUGAGGCAGUAUACUCUAAGACCUCUAACACCUCCCGCAAGCAAAUCUUCUGUGCUGAGUUAUUCAAAAACAAAAGGUGCAAGGAUUGGAGAUCCUAGUGGUCCUAGUAAGAUCACACAACAAUUGAAAAUACAGUCUGCAAAUGGUUCUAUUCGAGCUCCAGUUAAACCCAAUAUUUCAAAGUUUUCUCAGUCCGGAAGCUUUCAAGUCCUGAGUCGAGAGCAAAAUGGUACUGCACACACCUCCAAAGACUAUCCUGGCAAUCCUGUCAGUCCUCCAGCUCCUUUGGUUUCUGUGGAACCACAGAAAAAGACUCCUGCCAGCCAAAAGUUUAAGAUUGCCACCCAUGAGCUUCCUCUUCCUCUGCAAGGUCCAUGUGGUGAUAGAAAAUCAAAUGCAAGAGACAAGCAGAGAUUCUUUGAGAUGUUGCGGGCCAAGUCUUCAAAUGGUUCAAGCACCGCCUUUGAGUCAGGAUGUCAACCAUCUCCAUCCAGCUUAGUUGGUGCAAAACAGGAUUCUUCUCUUAACUUUGGAAAUGAUUUCUCCUUGUUCCACUCUGGAAUGAAAUGUAUGGGGAAUGGGAAGUGUUUCUGUGAAGAGGCAAAUUCUUCUGAGGGAUCUCAGAGACACCUAUCUGACAACGAUGAAAACAUUUCAUCCUUGAAACCAGACGUUGCAGAUGGGGUGUCUCGGCAGCUUCUAGUUCGAAGGAGAGAAGCUGACUCAUCAUCUGAACUUGCUGACACAGGUGAUGAAGAAUUUCAGCUGUCCCUCUCAGAGAGUGCAGAAGGCAGUUCCUCCUCAGCACCUGCAGAUUCAGAUGACGGGUGCAAUAUAUCCCAGUCUGGCAAUGAGGAAGCUAGUUCAUCAUCAGAGGCUACAGAACCAGAAGAUGAUAAGUAUCCAGCUGAUCCUCCUCCAGAAGAUAAGCCUUUCCUGAGAUUGCUUGGCUGGAGAGAAGAUGAAGUAGUACAACCUUUGGGUUUGGAAGAGAUUGCGGACUUUGUAAAAGGCUGUGAGGAGCUCAAGAAGAAGCUUCGGUCUAUGGAAUCCAAUGAUAACAUCAAGAUCAUUCUUGAUAUUUUGAACUGAGCUAAAUGAGAAGCUGCAGAAGCAUAAGAAUACAGGGGCAAAAUGCACGGGGAGCUAUAAAAUUCUUCAGAAAGCAGGUACUAGAGAUUACGAGAGACCACAGUAGUUUGCGAAAUGCAAUGCCUAAUCAGGUCUUCAAGUGACGCUGGUUAUGUUACAAUGCUGAGAACUGAACCGAUAGCAAUCAUUUUUGGCAUGAAUUUUGCCUAUUAGCAGCAAGGCGAUUUUUUCCCCUAUUGCCGCUUGUCCAGCAAUUAGGUGGGGGUGGUUGACAGGUAGCUCUGACAUUUUUUCGCACGCUGAAAAGAUGAGUUUAGGGAAAAACCCUCUUUUCCCUAGGAAUAUCUCAUGUAAGUCCGGUCCUGGUAGUCGCAUGACCGUGCUGCCCUUUUAAAGAAUAGGCUUCUCACAGGCAACUUUUGCUUUUGGAAAACGAUAAGAUGGGUUUUGACAUGGAAAGGUGAAUAUGAUUAUAUUGGUCUCAGCAGUUUUUUUAA